AUGGACGCUAAUUUAUAUUAUCAUCUUUCUUCAAAAAGUAAGAUUGUUGAUCGAGAAACCUUCGUCCAAAACUGCUUUUAUAGUUUCAUAUUCUAUUUCACUCCUCGAUGGGAGUUCUUUUCACCAUUUCCUCAUAGCAGUACUUAGCUAUCAAUCACCUAAGAGUUGUUGGUCCUAUGGAAUUUGUGUUUAAUAUUUAUUGCUGAUUUUGACUCGAUUUUUUAGCUUAACGAAAUAGGGUUAAAUUGGGUAGGUCACUUAAUAAAAACAAUGGUCAAGAAACCUCAAAAAUAACAACCCCCUAAAAACUCCCAACCAUUCUUCCUUGACAAGACAAGACAAAACAAAACAAAACAGAACACACACUACACACUAUCCCUCCCUCUUCUUCCUCCAUUGAUUGAUGGCGAUACUUGAUUCGUUGUCCAUGUCACGGACGAUGAAGGGAGAGCAAAUGGAAUCAAUUAUUCAGACCCCGACAGCCCCCUCCGCCGUGACUACCUCCACAGUUUCUUAUCAAGUUCCCCCUUUCCACCUCCUCGAGAUUAGCCUCAUAUCUGCCCAAGACCUGGCUCCUAUCUCCAAAUCCAUGCGCACCUACGCCGUUACAUGGGUUCAUCCUGGCAGGAAACUUACCACGAGGACCGACCAAAAGGGACAGACAAACCCUACAUGGAAUGAUAAAUUUGCUUUUCGUGUUGAAAAUGAAUUCCUGCUUUCGGACAAUGCAGCUGUGAAUGUCGAGAUAUACAAUGUUUCUUGGUUUUGUGAUGUUCUUGUCGGCACAGUACGCGUUCCUGUUGGUGACCUCAUUACCCCGUCCGCAUCAACCAGUUCCAAGAACACGCGGUUUGUUGCUCUUCAGGUUCGUCGUCCAUCAGGUAACCCACAAGGCAUACUCAACGUGGGCGUUUCUCUUCUCGACAGCAGCAUGAAAAGUAUGCCAUUAAGCCAAGUAAAUUCCCGCGCUGAGGAUUCUCCAGAUGGAAUACAGAAAGAAAUGAACAAUCCGAAUGAUCUGCAACAGAAGAAUGGCGAUGAAGAGGAAGAAGACAGUGAUUUGAACGCGAAAAUUCAAUUUUGGCGUUCUUUGGGUGAAGAUUCCGAGUCUAAUAAUGGGGAAUUUCCAAUAAAACCAGGCUCUAUAUGUAAUGGAUCACUUGUCGGUGAAUCAGCAUGCAAUAGUUCAAUGGUAAAUGGUUCAGAAUUAUGUUCAGAUAUUGGCCCUUCAGCAUCAGUUGUAGCUGCGGAAUUAGCCAAGAAAUCCGAACCACCACAACAGGCGGCUCCACCAUCAAAGCCCAUAAAGAAACCGUAUAAAACUGCAGAAAUUCAAGAUACAGAAAGCUCGAUCUUGGAAGAAUUGACAUUUGAAGAAGCUGCUGCAAAAGGGUUUAAGUUUACUUCAAGUAGAGAAAGGUGGCUGAAUGAGGGAUCAAAAAGGUAUGAAUAUAAGCCUCGAUCAGCUUUUUGUGGAGGGCACUCCAGGAGGAAUUCAGAUGGAGGCUUGUUUUCUUGCUUUGGAAAUGCUUAUGGGAUUGAGUUUACGAUUGUGUGUGGCGCUGGAAAUGACAGCAACAGAGGCAGCAGCAAAAAACUCAAUACUAGAAAGAGUAGGAAAAAGAGGUCUAACAAGGCCAAUUCAGUUUAGACUUGAAAGCAUUCUUCGUGAAACUCUUGGCACGUUUGGUACACAGUACACGGCUCGGAAGGUACAAUAAACAAGGUUUUAGUUUUGGUUUUCCUUCUUAAAGUCAAUCUACUUUACCAAAUAAGUCAUUAACAAAGAGUUGGAUCUCUACGAUGGAAUGAUAAUUUUAAGGAUUAAUCUGCUUGUAUAGAAUUUCCGUUUGGACAGCUUUAUAGGUGCUGCGCUGACAGUACCUGUAUAGCUAUUUUUUUUCCUACCCAACACCCAGUAAAAUAUUGUCAAGUGGCAUUCUGUCAUUUAUGUAAAAAUUCUCUGUACACAUGGCAUUGUUGUAAUUUUAAUAUUAAUGACUGAAAGCGAGACUAUGUACUUUA